GUAGGCAGUAGCGAGUUAGCAUCUCAGGAGCUACAUCACAACACAGAGAGGCUGCACAGCAACACUUGCAGGGGGGUGGCUUCUUAUAUAUAAAAAGCUUCCGGCUGUUAUAAAGAAAAUGGACACACGAGCUUUGAAGAAUCCUUAUCAUGACUAUGAUGGGUACCCAGCUUCCACGCAAGCACUGUUUGACUGUGAGGGAAAGCUCACUCCGGCGUUUGCCCAGAGGGUGAGCAGCAAGGUCAGCGAGCUGCUGGCUGUCAUGGAGAAUGGACUGAAGUCUGCUGAUCCCAGAGACUGCACCGCUUACACGGGCUGGGCAGGCAUCGCUCUGCUCUACCUGCACCUCCACAGCAUCUUCAAAGAAGCCUCCUUCCUGCAGAGGGCUCUGGACUACGUCACCCACUGCCUGAAGAACCUCACCCGUCGCCAUGACGUCACCUUCCUGUGUGGAGACGCUGGACCGCUGGCCGUAGCUGCUGUGGUCUAUUCACGCCUGCAGAGGGYGCAAGAGGCMGAGGACUGCAUCAGCAGGCUGCUGCAGUACCAGCAGGUGGUUCUGAGCGGGUCCAGUGGGCUGCCGGACGAGCUGCUGUACGGCCGGGUGGGCUACCUCUCCUCCCUGGUGUUCCUGAACCAGCAGCUGGGUCCAGACCGGAUCCCGCUGCACUGCAUCCAGCAGGUCAGCGAGGCAGUUCUGGUGUCGGGCCAGCAGUUCAGCAGGAAGCUCCGCCUCCAGAACCACAGCCCGCUAAUGUACGAGUGGUACCAGGAGCAGUAUGUGGGUGCCGCCCACGGCCUCGCCGGCAUCUACUACUUCCUCCUGCAGCCGGGCUUCGUGUCGUCAGAGGAGCUGGUCCUGCGGCUGGUGCAGCCCAGCGUGGAACACGUCUGCCGCCUGCGCUUCCCGUCUGGGAACUACCCACCCUGCAUCGGGGAUGACCGCAUGGCGGGCACCAUCUAUUUCCUGGCAGACCUUCUGCAGCCAAUGAAGGCCAGGUUUCCAGCUUUUGAGGUCUAA